UAAACUACUCAAUGGAACUGAUCUAUCAUGGCAAUGUCGAUAAAUGUGAUCAAUAAUGAAUAAUAAUGAAGAAGCUUCGAUCAUUUGGUGCCGCUAAUAGGAACUAGUAAAUAAUGUGUAACAUUAUUCGAAAACUAUGUCAACGCCUUUUUGUAGAAUUAAACUGAGCGCCCAGUUAUUUAAUUAAAGGCAUUCUAGCGCUAGCCGAAUAUAUUUAAAAAUUUAAAAAUAGAAGUCAGAUAAUCUAACCUAACCAAUUUAUCUCAAUUUAUCUUCGAGCAAAAAUCCUGACGGUGAAAAUCGAUGGUCUGAACUCUGUUCGAUGUAUCGAUCUACCUGUGUCGAAUCGAAAUCAGUGACGUCAUGAUUGACUAACCUCGCGAAGAUGAUAAGAUGUAUAACUCGGUAUAAUGUGUGCGUUACUUUCCACUUUGGUAUAUUUUUAGAUAUAUUACAUAUCGAUUCGUGAACUCCGGUAAACACAGGUCGAAUGUCCAAUUCAGCGAACUUUUAAUUCGAAGAUGAGUGAAGACUGUUGGAAGGAAGACGAAAAUGACAAAGACUUUCGAGUUAAUACCGAUGAUGAGUUCGAGGAGGACUCGAGAAAUAAGAUUUUUAGUUCCUGGGAUCAGUUACCAGAUAUUCUACUGGAACAGAUAUUUUCUUAUUUAACAAUUCAAGAAAGAUAUUAUGCAUCGCUUGUCUGCCAGUCUUGGUAUCAUGCAUUUAAAUUGCAAAAUGUGUGGUCCACAUUCACCCUCAAGGAUACGACAUUGACGAGGGGUAAAUUUAAUUACUACAGUGGAUGGCAAUACGUUUUAGACCACAUGAGAACUUCAGCCUGCCUGAAUAAGGUUGGGAAGUUCUUUAGAUGUCUUGUUUUUGAUCCGAUGCUAAAUUUCUACAACUUGUAUGAAUUUAUGAACAUGGUGUCGUGGUACACUGAAAGGCAAGGGUCUGAUAAUAGAUCGGUCGCUGGUGUGGGCACUUACAUCCGCAGAUUAAAAUUUACCUUUCCCUGUAAUAUGGAAAACAGAGACGCUCCUGAUCGAAUUAGAGUCUUUGGUACCGGAGGAAAGUUACUCGAGGCCUUAAAGAGACUUAUGAGAAAUCUUGAACAUCUCAAGUGCCUUGAAUUAAUCGAUCUAAUGUUAGAAAGCAGAGAAGCGUUACAUUUAUUAGACGAUGUUUGCGCUAACUGCACAGAAACUUUAACAAAACUAGUGCUAAUAAACACAACGAGAUACAGCUGUCCACUUCUCCACGUUGGUGUGUUUUUGAAUUUAAAAAUCCUAAUUAUUAGUCCACAAAAUCUGGAUGAGGAUGUCGUGGAAUUAUUAGGAUCAACCUCAUUGCAACACUUACAUAUAAUUCAAAAUCGAUACAGUCCUAAAGAUACUACAGUAUUUUUGCCAAAGAAUAGUUCAUGGAAGAAGAUGAAAAUGAGCAAUCCUCACUUAAGGGUACAUUUUGAAAUAGAGAGUCGGAAACCUACUGACUUUACGUUACCAAUCGGUGAGAUGGACUAUGGUUCUAUACCUUGUGCAAGCAUCGUUUUGGAUAAUCCCACCACGCAGGUUACAUCGGUGACCAUAGAUUCGCAUGGAACUUAUUUUGGAUCGACACUGAAAGUCUACGCUUUGAAAGGUCUCACCAGAUAUUUCUUACCAAAGAAUUUUGCAAAGCGGUUGGACGAAGCUCUCGUACGGCUAUGCAAAACUUGUCCGAGUCUCCACACUCUGAUGAUACGUGACAAAAUAUCAACAGCUACAAUCCUAGAAAUAGUAUCUACCGCGAAGUCUUUGCGCUGCUUAUACGUGCGGAGGAACGUGAUUUUAAAAAGGUGCGACAAAGAUUGGCUAAGAGUUGCCGACUGGUCGCCAGAGCAUUACCAGUGGAUCAAAGUAAAUAGCUGUAGUUACGAAAGUACCGAAAGAGAGGUUUCAAAAAUAUUAGGCUACCGAUGGCACAUGCUGUCGGAGAAAGAGUUUAAAACCCAGCAGCUUAAUUUGCACGUAUGAACGUUUCUCUCGUACGAAGAUUUUUAAUGCGUAACUGAAGUAUUUUAUAAUUUAACCCACGCUCUCUCUUUCGCUUAUGCAUUAGAAACACUAUUCAGUACAUGGCACCGCAGCUUGAUUUAUAUACUUAUUCCUAUAAGUUUCGCCAUUUUAAAUUAUACUUAUUUCCUGUAAAAGAUCUUUUCUUUACUAUAAGAACCUAAUUUGUAAUGCUUUGACGCGAAAGUGUUUAAAUUUACGUAAGUUCAACAUAUGAAGAGAAAAAAAAAGAAAGGUUAGUUGACAAUUAUAGAUUAGGUUCCGAUGUGCCUUCGAUGUGCAAUUUUUGUAAGGAGGUAUAAGAUGGAAUGCAGCUGAACGUGGAUUUCGUACUGUGCGUCUGAUUAUUUUGAUUAUUACGCUUUUCAUACAGUACCUUUAGUAACAGUGUUGCGCGUACUAAUAGUAAUAAGUGCCUGAAACCUGCCAAUCGUAUUUAUAUAAUGCGAAUCUUGAAUAACAGUAUUUUAAGAUUGACAGGACAAGAAAGGUAUAUCGCUGUUAUGGAUUGUUGUAUAAUUGUAAUAAGACUGUACAAUAAAGUAGGUUAAUUAACUUA